ACCCUGCUGCUGCGGCCUUUCUACAGUAACGCCUGUCAUCCUUACUGGUUCCCGCUGGACAUGUGGAAUAAAUAACCAAGGUAGAUUAUACGCGCCCCGCCGGAGGAGGGAAGGGUGCAAGUAGGUGGGUCUGAUCUGUUUGCGGGCAAAGGCAGGGUGACGAAGUCACCAGAAAAAGAGAUCCAUUUAAGUCACGCGGUUUUUACUCCCAAACAACGUGUAGCGGGAAACCAAGCAAGAGCGAGCGGAGAAUAAAAUCUGCGUGAGCGGUAGCCUAAGCGCGGAGCUGGGGAAACGCUGGGUCUGGGGGACCAGCCAGACCCCAAGUUCAGGUGCGCUCAGUUCGUAGUCAGCGGCGGCAGUAGACGCAGCUCUCUGAGGACACAUUUGCACUUGUUGAUGUCCUGCGUGGCUUUAAAUCGACUUGUAAAGGGGGCAGGAGCAAACCCUGAGGAGCCCAGAGAAGUUUGGGACAGAGCGGGAAAGCGCCUGGCUCUGCAAGGAAUCCAGGAGUCUCAGCUCCACCCCUGCUGCAAGAGAAGAGGACAAAUCACAAACGACUCGGAGGGGUGGGGGUUAGGGGUGUGGGGGCAGCUUCCAGCCAGUAGGACUUGAGGGAUCGCGUCCUGAGGCAGCCAAAGAGUAUAUCGGGAGCGCGGAGUGUCGGAAGCUCUCGGAACUAGCAGGAGCGGGGCCACGCACACAUCCGACCCCAAGCCGCUCGCUCGGCGCUCGUGGGAUUGCACAGCCGAGAGACCAAAAGGAGGAAGGACAACGCGCGGAGGAGCUUAGGACAGGGUUUCUCGGAGGCGGGAAGGAAGCAGCCCACGCGGGACAGGGCGUCCCGGGCGCUGCCCCGACAGCAUGAGUUUCCCGAGAGGUUCCUAUGAACGGGUUGCCAGCAACUCCAGCCCAUGGUGGCCUCUGAGCGCUGAGGAUGACAACAGCAGCCGGGAAGCAGCGGGGCACCAGAAAGGUAGCGACCCUCCUGGGGAUGGGGAUGUACGCAACGAAGAGCUGGCCAAACUGGAGAUCGCCGUGUUGGCGGUGAUUUUCGUGGUGGCGGUGCUGGGCAAUAGCAGUGUGCUGCUGGCUUUGCAUCGCACGCCACGCAAGACGUCCCGCAUGCACCUCUUCAUCCGACAUCUCAGUCUAGCCGACUUGGCGGUCGCCUUCUUCCAGGUGUUGCCGCAGCUGUGCUGGGACAUCACCUACCGCUUCCGCGGGCCGGACUGGCUGUGCCGCGUGGUGAAGCACCUACAGGUGUUCGCCAUGUUCGCGUCCGCCUACAUGCUGGUGGUCAUGACUGCCGACCGCUACAUCGCGGUGUGCCACCCGCUCAAGACCCUGCAGCAGCCCGCGCGCCGCUCGCGCCUCAUGAUCGCCGCCUCUUGGGUGCUGAGUUUCCUACUGAGCACGCCUCAGUAUUUCAUCUUCUCCAUGAUCGAAAUCGAGGUGAACAACGGCACCAAAACCCAAGACUGCUGGGCUACCUUUAUCCAGCCCUGGGGUACCCGUGCCUACGUGACCUGGAUGACCAGCGGUGUCUUCGUGGUACCUGUGGUCAUCUUGGGUACCUGCUAUGGCUUCAUCUGCUACCACAUCUGGCGCAACGUCCGUGGGAAGACGGCUUCGCGGCAGAGCAAGGGCUCUGGGGAAGACGUGGCUCCCUUCCACAAGGGGCUUCUGGUCACACCUUGUGUCAGCAGCGUGAAGACUAUUUCCCGCGCGAAGAUCCGCACGGUGAAGAUGACCUUCGUGAUCGUGACCGCCUAUAUCCUCUGCUGGGCUCCUUUCUUCAUCGUCCAGAUGUGGUCAGUCUGGGAUGACAAUUUCAUCUGGACCG